AAGUCAGAACUGGCCAUAGCUCGCAAAGAAGAAGAAUGUCGUCCAGUUGCUAUGGAAGCGAACUGCGCGUGCGCGAAAUCUCAUGGAGAAAGGCGAGGGUCAGGGGCCUCAAUCGGACAAAUGGAUAGCAAAGUUAGAGAAAUUGAGAAAAGAAAAGAAACUAAAGAGAGCAAGAGAACGUCAGAGAAAUGAAUCGACCGAGGAUUUACUAGACAGCAAGAAAAAGGUGAAGAAGAAGAAGAAGAGCAAGAGGAAAAGUCACCACAAAAAGGACAAGCCACGGUGGAAAAAAUCAAAGAGUUCGGAUUCUGAUUCUGUUUCUGAUACAGAUGGUGGGGGCACUUGGGUCGAGUCUGCAAACAGAGCGAGCGAAACGAAGUCUACAGAGGAAGUACGUCAGCGAGAUGCUUGGAUGCUUACUCUUAUCCCAUCUACAAAGGUCUUUCGAACAGGGAAAGACGAGGUAGAUAAAUCAGUUGAGGCGGAGUUAGAUGAGUAUGAUCCAACACAACAUGCUCUAGAGUUAAAUCAUUUCUGGAAGGACGGUGGAUCUGGCCUUCCAACAGAGCUCAAAGAUGAAAAGUCAGACCCAGAACUAGGUGGAAGCUCACCCUACAUCUCAGAAGUGACUAAAUCUGGUUGUCAUCUAGCACGCUUCACGGAGGCAAAUUCACUUGUAGUGGAGAAUCUAGUCACUGACACUGAACUAAAUAAACUGGGAGCCAGAGCAACACGAGCUGAACUGAUGGGAGAUAAUGACUUGGCUGCUAAGUUGAGAAAUCAACUGGAAGAUCUCCAGGCAAGAAAAGCAGCUCAAGACCGCAGUCAAGUGAAAUCUGUUGAGAAAGAGACUUUCCAGGAAGAAACGAUUUUACUAACUCACAGCAAUCGCUGUGGUGAUGUUCGCCCCAUGAGCUUAUCACAUAAUAGCAGUGAAAGGAGAAGACGAGGUAAGGAUCGAUCAUAUGGGAUAGAUGGGAAACGAGCUAAGUACUUUGCUGAUGAUGAUGAAUACAGCCUGCAGGAUCUAGUAAUACAAGAAAAAAGGACCAGUGCUGAUGACCUCCACAGAUCUGUGAAUAGGAUGGCAGGCCGGUAUCUAGAGAAGAUGGGAGCUGACCAUACUCUCGACGACAUGUUUGUGUCCACUGCCAGUCAAAGAGCAGCUGUGCCUGAGAACUCAGAGAGAGACAAAGCAAGAGCUUUGCAAGAACACCGACAGUUGAUAAGGAGUAAGUUGUCUAUUGAUAGCCCUGAGUUGGAGAAACAGCUUAUUGUUUGUAUUGGUAUGAAAGUGUAUCUUGCUGUUCCUUUUCAUCAGCCACUUGUGCCAGGACAUUGUCAGUUGAUUCCGACUCUUCACUAUACCUGUACUGUCAAUCUAGAUGAGGAUGUAUGGGCUGAAGUGAAAGUCUUUCGUAAAGGCCUAGUUGCAAUGUUUGCAUCUCAAUAUAAGGAUGUUAUCUUUAUUGAAAUGGCUACUCACUUGCGUCAACAACCUCAUAUGGUUCUUGACUGCAUCCCAGUGCCAAAGGACCAGGGUCAUUUAGCUCCUUUGUACUUCAAGAAGGCCAUUCUUGAAUGUGAGAGUGAAUGGGCACAGAACAAGAAAUUGAUAGACACACGACACAAGGAGUUGCGACAAUCGGUACCUCGUGGGUUUCCCUACUUCAGUGUUGAAUUUGGACUGGAUGGUGGGUAUGCGCAUGUCAUUGAGAAUGAAGCAAAUUUUCCAUUGUACUUUGGCAAGGAAAUAAUCGGAGGUAUGCUGGAGUUAGACCCGAGGUUGUGGAGGAAGCCACUGAGAGAGUCUGCAGAUCAGCAAAACCACAGAGCACAACAGAUUGGCAAGACAUGGGAGAAAUAUGACUGGACAAAGAGACUGGUGAACAAAAAGUAAUUUG